UUCUAACUUGAUGUUACACAUCGUCAAUUUAUUGGACAUUGAAUCAAGUGUAUUCAUAUAUGUGUAAUCACAUUUCGAAUCGUGUUUUACUGCAGGUGGUGUGAUGCGCGUCGUGUGAUGCUCAGAGAUGAUGGUAAUCAGUUUUUUGUCAUCGUAUGGCGAGGUAAAGUCAAUUGGUCUAUAAGCGUGACGCGGAUAACAACAGGAAUUGGUCGCGUCAUGGUAAACGAUAAAUUGCCGAGUAAUACGGGAAAUAAGUAUUCUCGAGUAAAUGUGGAGCAGGACAAUUCGACGGAUACGCGCGUGAAAGCAACGAUGCCUUCGGAGCUGAGGUCGGUCAGUGCAGGUGACUGGAUUACAGUCUCUGUCCUCUGCUUUGUAAAUCUUAUAAAUUAUAUGGAUCGCUUUACGGUCGCUGGGGUACUAACUGAUAUCAAGAAAGAAUUUGAUAUUGGUUACGAUAUGUCUGGAUUAUUACAAACUGCAUUCAUUUUGAGCUAUAUGGUGUUUGCACCAUUAUUUGGAUACUUAGGGGAUCGUUACAAUAGAAAAUAUAUCAUGAGCAGUGGUGUAUUCCUGUGGUGCCUAACAACAUUUAUCGGUUCAUAUAUGAAUACAUAUGGAUGGUUCCUAUUCUUUAGGACACUUGUUGGCAUUGGAGAAGCCAGUUAUUCCACAAUAGCACCUACAAUAAUUAGUGAUUUAUUUGUGAAAGAUGUAAGAUCUAAAAUGCUUGCUCUCUUCUACUUUGCUAUUCCAGUUGGAAGUGGUUUAGGAUAUAUUACUGGAGGCGAAACAGCUCGUAUCACGGGUCAAUGGCAGUGGGGAUUACGUGUUACUCCUAUAUUAGGUGUUAUAGCAAUACUCCUGUUACUCACUGCAAUAAGAGAUCCUAUUAGAGGUGAACGAGAAGGUGGUGUUCAUUUGACGAGCACUGCAUGGUCAUAUGAUAUUAAAGCAUUAUCCAAAAAUCCAAGCUUUAUGCUGUCUACUGCAGGAUUUACUUGUGUGGCAUUUGUCACUGGUGCACUGGCAUGGUGGGCACCAACAUAUCUACAAUUAGGUUUUCGCUUGCUUCCUAAUCAGAAGGUUGUUGAUUCAGAUGAUGUUGCAUAUAAGUUCGGAUUAAUUGGUAUGGCAUCUGGUCUAAUAGGAGUACCUUUAGGGUCUUUUAUAGCACAAAGAUUACGAACUCGUUGGCAACAAGCUGAUCCUUUAAUAUGCGCUAUAGGUCUUCUAAUAAGUGCGCCUUUAUUAUUCUUUGCCAUAAUUACUGCCAAUACAAACUCCAACCUCUGUUACGUACUAAUAUUCUUUGGCCAAGUGUCAUUAAAUUUGAAUUGGUCUAUUGUAGCAGAUAUGUUAUUGUACGUAGUAAUGCCUACAAGAAGAUCUACAGCAGAAGCAUUUCAAAUACUUUUUGCACAUGCUUUUGGAGAUGCAGGCAGUCCUUACCUUAUUGGACUUAUAUCAGAAGGAUUAAAAUCCACGUUUUUGCGGGGUUUAGCUACCGGAGAACAAUCCAAUGUUCACGACAAUCAAGAUAUAACUGUCGAGUUUCGUAGCCUACAAUAUGCAAUAUUUCUUACAAUGUUUGUAGAAAUAAUUGGUGCUCUGUUCUUCUUCCUGACAGCAUUGCACAUACAGAAAGAUAAGGCACUAGUCGACCUUGCUAUUGCGGGUGACAGUAUUUCAGACACAGUAUGUAUUUGCAACGACGCAGUUGAAAGCGAAAUACAAAAUGAUACAAAUACUAUAUUAGAAUUUAAUAGGCAUCAAGUGGAACCGUCUCACUAGAAUCCUGAUAAAAUUUAGAUAUUCUAUUGCUAUUGAUGUACAGUAUGAUUCUACUAAGUAGAUAUUGAUUUGAGUUUAUGAUAAAAUAAGAUGUGUCAUUGACACGAGAUUAUAUGUUCUGCAUGUAGAACGUAUAUUUACGAAGAAAGUUUGCAGGAAAUUAUAAUGUAGAUUAUUAUCAGAAAGGUAAUUUUUUUAAAUUACCACUGUUAAUAGUGUACAAAAUGUUAAAAUAAUUGCAAACCAUGAAGCUCAUACAGCAUGGAUAAAGUCAUACAUAUACAAUAUAUACGUACAAUAUUUUUAAAUAUUAUAUUUUUAUAAUUGCUCGAUUGCAAAUUCAUAUAGCAAAUUGUACGAAUUAUCUAUAUAGGUAAAGGUGUACUAAUAAGUAAUUUUUUCAUAAGACACACAAGUAUUUUCUAAUUAAAUUGUCAGUAAUAUUCAUAUUACUUC